GCCAUUUUCUAUUUUUGCAUAGCAGUGAACUAGUGUUGUGUGUGUACAUUUUUGUGUGAUAAAUCGAUGGAUAACUAAUUAAUUGUCGGAGGACGUGCCGAUCUAAUGAAAUGAUAUUCGAGAAGAACACGUGCUUCGAAUCUCACGCGAUUAAGUUUUUUUUUCUCGUUCGCCUCCUGUGUUACCGUGCGUAAACCCGUAAAGCUCUAAGCACGUAAACACUUUUUCUUCAUUUCUCUUUUGAACGAAGUGAGAGUGGCCGGGGCCAUCGGUAAUUAGAACUGUUUAACGAGCCAUCGACGUGUUACGAUCGGUUCUCACCCGAUCGCGAUUCUUUUCCUCGCUUUAAAGAUAUAUUAACUGAAAGAUAUAGAAAGGAAAACCUGUCUGUGAUACUAAACAGUACUAAGGUAUAUAGUUAGAAUAUAAACUCUACAAUUAGAUGUACGUAUGUAUGGCGUAUGAGACGUAGAUAGAUCACAUAAAAGAUCUAGGAAAAAAAUAUAAAAGUCUGUAUAGUGUGCGCUGUGAAAUUUACUUUACUCAAGGAAUAAAACGUGUUAAAGAGCAAGAAUGUCUCAGGACUCUGUGACAAAUGACAAGCAACUGCCAACUCCUAAAGAUGAAGGAGAUGAAGCAAUUAUAUCCAUGUCGGUGGCUGGGGAGGUAAUCGACACUUCGAUUAUGAAAGUGGGCCGUUCGAGGCCCCAAUACCAAUAUUCCCGGGAGGAGUUAAUGAUGAUAAAGACUUUGCCGUUAUCUAAGAAGAGACCUGAUUUCUUAGACAUCUCAUACAACAAUUCGCGCGGUCUAUGGGAUCCUGAACGUUGGCAUUCUGGCAGAAAGCGAAGCGAUACACCUCCUAAAGAUGAACGGACUGGACGUAGUGAUCAGAUUACUGAAAGUCAUAAUAAACGUCGGAACGGGGAUCCCCGAGAACGAAUACGGAAGGAACAAGAUGGCAUAGUGUUGAGUCCGCAACGCAGGAGUUUCAAUUCGGGCUGUUUUGUGAACGUGAAUCAACCUCCGAGCCGACGUCCCGAGAGUCCGAUAGGGAAGGCAGAGGUGAGCCAUAGAGAGCCUGUUCGACGAAUCGGAAGCGGAAGGAUUUUAACUCGUGAUAUAUGGGAUUUCCGACCGGAGAACGAGAAAUUGGAGCCUGCUUUCCGGUCUGGGCCGGCGAGCAGCGGUGCUUCUUUACGCGACCGUGACAUUAGGGAUGUUGGUAAAGAUCGGGAGAACACGAGGGAGAGAGACCGCGAUCGUGACAAUCUGCGUGAACGAGACGAAAGGACCGAACGGUACGAGCGAAGAUCCUUUGGUCGCGAUUACGGGGACAGAGAUAGGGAACGUGACAGGCCGGCAGAGCGGAAUGAUCGUAAUCAUCAAUCGGAGCGCGAUAAGGAUCGCGGGCGGGAACGAAGAUAUAGCAAUGAUCGUAGGCGAACUUUCAGUGAUAAUCGUAACGAAGCUGAUGAACCGGAGUGGUUUAGUUCAGGACCAACGUCUCAGCAUGAUACGAUCGAGCUGAGAGGCUUCGAAGAUAUUCCCGAGGAAAAGGUGGUUAGCAAUAGCAAUACUAAGAAUAAAAAACAGGCCCCGGUACAAAAGAAACGCGGCAAGAAGAGCUCGUCGGAGAAGGAUGAGAAGCAGACCGAGAAUUCAGCAGGUCCGAAGGGACGUAGCACGCCGACCGCGAUGGAUCAGCCGAUGAACGCUGUUGUUGCACCGCAUUCACCAAUUUCAGAGCAGAGCGAGUCCUCGUCAAUGGCACAGAAAGCGAGUCAUGAAACCAAUGAAAGUGCCGUGACAGAAAGUAGCGAGACCGCGAAUAAUUCUAGUACCACCAACCGGAAUCAAGAAGAUAGCCAUCCCGACUUCAAUCUCGACGAAUUCCUCAAAUCCGAUACGUUCCCUGGUGUUCCUGGUCUCUUAACCAACGGAGUUGGCUCGAACGGAGGUUCCUGUUCACGAUUCAGUCAGUGGUUUAAAAGGGAAAGUCCGGUUCAACAAGUGGACAGCCGCAGGACUUCUAUACAGGACGAUAUAUUAAACAAUCUCCUGAACGAUAUCACUGAGCCAAAUAUCCAAAUCCCAUCGGUAACAGAAUCCAACACGUACUUUGCUCCCAUUUCUCCUGCCAAUACGACGACAACAAACAAUAGCACAUCUACUACUGGAGUGAAAUUAUUGGAAAUGCUGCAACGCGGAAACAAACCGAGUCAGAACGGUCAAGGGGACGCGUCUGGCACCGUCAUACCGAUAAUGAAGAGCUCAUCGAUUAAAGACAUGGAAGUUGGUGGAAAAGUAGUGCACAGCCUCGAGGAAUUGGAAGCACGUAUGAGAGGUGGUGCUCCGCCACCCACGUCUUCGACUGAACAACCUCGUGUAAAUAAGACUGAAGAAGAUCUCUCUGCUUUUAAAAAACUGCUUGCUCAAGUGACGGGAGGACAGGCUAUACCAGCAGCGAAUGGUCCUAUUUCUCAGAAACAGCCCGUGACGAUAAUUCAAUUGCUUAACUCGCAAAUGAAAACACAACAGAUUGCUUCUAAGCAAUCGAUUCCGGAAUCAAUGCAUGCUACGACGUUUAAUCACGUCGGUUCUCUUGGACCGAACCAGCAUCAACAUCAAGUGCAAAUGCAGCACGAGAAUCUGAUGAAAGUGUUGCAGAUUCAGCAGCAACAGAAACAACAACAACAACAACAACAGCAGCAGCAGCAGCAACAGCAACAGCAACAGCAGCCGCAUUCCGAUAUGUUGUCUAUGAUGAUGGGCGGUCAGCGAAUGUUAGGUAUGAGUCCCGUUCCUCCGGAAAUGCAAAUGAUGUUGAACAAUGCUCCAACGAGUCAGGAACUCCUCCAACGACCAGAAGCUCAAGCCAUCAUUCAAGGCCUCCAACAGGGAGAGAUAACCAGGCAACAUCUUAUACAACAACUCCAGAAUCCAGCCAUGCAGCAUCGUCACAGGGAAGUGCUAGUGAACAUUUUGAAAAUGUACGGCGGCACUACACCACGCACGAUAAGUCCACAUCCCAGUGCACCGACUCCUCAAGAUCAUAUCUUGCAGCAGAUGUUGUACCAGCAGCAGCAGCAGCAGCAACAGCAAAGGAUUCCUUCUCCUAUAAACAAUGCUUAUUGUCCACCUUCGAUAAUAUCUCCGAAUCUGACUGGUAGCUCCAGUACUUUAACGGUACAGCAUCCAGUGAUGCAACAUAGAGUUCCCUCACCGCGGGAGAUUGUUAUGCAUGCUCAGUCUAUAAUGCAAAGCGCACUCAUUAAGCAAAAGUUGGAGGAGCAACGCGAGAACUUCCGUAAGCGACAGGAUCAGCAGCAACAGAAGCAGCAGCAACAGCAACAGCAACAAGCUCAACAAAGAGCAUCCAGUCCUAUUAACUCGCCGGUGAAGCAGACGAUGAGCCCGACACCGCUUGCUUUUACCCCGACAUCGGUGUUGCGUAAAAUGACUGCCGAUAAGGAACCUGAUGGCAACAGUAAUGAUGCAUCGAAGUUGGCUGCUCAAUCACAAGCAUCGCAAAUGCAGCAAAUGCAGUCCGCGGUCCAAUUACUGACGCAAGGAGUACUUUCCCGACACAAUACUUUACGAUCUCAAUCUGUUCAGCCAACGUGGACAAACCCAACUAUUAAACAACAUCCAGGUCGACCGAUAGUGAAGGGUGGUAAUGCUAGUAGUGGUAAUAACGCUGGUAAUCAAUUCCAAUACAGUGGAAACACAGAUUUCCAACAGCAGCAGCAGCAACAGCAGCAUAGAACGGUUUCGAGCGUGUACGGUAAUCCGGCACGCUCUAAACAUACUAUGACCAGUUCCAUACCGCACCACAAUGUUCCGCAGUACAAUGUUGCUCAAAACUCGAUGAUAAACCAGAGGUCGAACAUUAUGAAUAACCAAAUGAAGGUGCAACAGGCUCCGUCGCAUCUGGCCAACAUGCAGCAUCAGCCACCGCAACAGCAGCAACAGCAGCAACAACGGACUCUCAAUUCCCAGAUGCAAAUGGUCUUAAAUCAAAAUUACAACUCCAGCCGCGCAGAUGGACGAGUACUGCGGUCACAACCACUGAAUAUGCCCGUUGGUCGUCAAGCGUCGCCAGGUUUAGGAUACGUGGGUAGCAACGGCGGAGAUCUUUCACCUACUUCGAAUCAGUUGGCGCGAUGGUUUAGCCCGGAACUUCUCGCUCAGGCCCGGGCCGGUAAACUCCCAGAGCUUGGACAAACAAACGUUUUAUCUUUGGAAGAAUUAGAAAGACUUCAACACGCGUCGACUACAGUGCAUAAUUAGAUUAAUGUCGUACCUUCUUAUACGUUCAAUUGCGAGCACAGGAUCAUUGCCACCGGCAGCCGUCGAUCUAACAAAUUAUAUCUUUCAAAUUAGAUGGCUUUUCAUAUUAAACAGUGAGUAUGAA